AUGAAUCCACCACCGUCCGUAGACAUCCAACCUUCCUCCUCGCGCUUCCCGCUAACCAGCGCAGCCCCAACAGCCUCCGGCGGGGACCAGCGGAAGGUCGCGAUCGCCGUCGAUUUAAGCGAGGAGAGCGCCUUCGCCGUCCAAUGGGCCGUACAGAACUACCUCAGGCCAGGGGACUCCGUCGUCCUCCUCCACGUGCGCCCCACGAGCGUCCUCUACGGCGCCGACUGGGGCUCUGUCAACCCCAACCUCCCCAACGACGCCGUUUCCUCCUCCGAGUCCCGGCGGAAGCUGGAAGACGACUUCGACGCCUUCACCACAACCAACGACGUGAAGGGGCGGCUUGGCUUGGAAGUCGAGAGGCUCCGGCUUGGCGUCGUCAUUAUGGGCAGCCGCGGCUUCGGCGCCGCCAAGCGAGCCGCCAAGGUGGGCCGGCUCGGCAGCGUCACCGAUUACUGCGUCCACCACUGUGUUUGCCCAGUUGUGGUGGUGAGGUUUCCGGAUGACUCGGACGGGUCCGAACCCAAUGGCCCUAACCCGGUCGAGCUCCACCCGGUGCCUGAGGAGGACCAGGAGGAGCUCAGUGACGCCGAUUCCGGUGAAGAAGACCCUCAAGAAAUUGCUUGAGAAGGCAAACAGGGCUGCAUGGGUUAGAAGUUGAAGGGUUUUGCAUGGGUUAAAUCUUAUUGUAAUUAUGAAAGGUGUAAAUUGUUCUUUACUUUGCUGCCUCUGUUCUCAUAGUAAACUGUAAAUUGUGUGUAAAAUUACCCUCUCUUUUGAUAUUGAUUUCAUGCAAACCAA